GCGCUCGCCCUUCGAAGGACCGCGGCCUGUGGGCGAUCUCCACAGUGACAGAGCCUGUGUGGGGACUGUCCUGACCGCCUCCAUGGCCCCGCGCCGGCGCGAGGAUCCCGCUGGGGGAAAGGGCUGUUUUUUACUCGGCGUGGGAAGCGAUUUGCUGGAACUCCAGAGAAAUCUGCCCUUCCUGCAACCAGGAAGCUGCAGCUCCCGAGGAGAACCAGUGUGGCCAACUCCUGAGAUUUUGUCACAACUCUUGUCAUAUUUGGGGCGGUUCUUAAAGCCCCAGCUGCUGGCAUUGAAGAUUGUGACAUUCAGGGGGUCAGAAACUGACCUGUACAAGCUGCAACAGCCCCUCCCAUCAGAGAGAAGGACCCCUCAGGCACCUGUUGGGUUACAGAGAGAUCAACAUAGUUAAUCUAUGCAGAGCAGGAUCCUACAAGUCAUGCAGAUUACUCCACAGCUGUCCUGGAUAAUGAGAGGUUGACAGCAGAGGAGAUGGAUGAGAGAAGACAUCAGAAUGUGGCUUAUGAGUAUCUUUGUCAUCUGGAGGAAGCAAAGAGAUGGAUGGAGGCCUGCCUUAAUGAGGAUCUACCUCCCACAACAGAGCUGGAGGAGGGGCUAAGGAAUGGAGUCUAUCUAGCCAAACUUGGAAACUUUUUCUCCCCCAAGGUGGUGUCUCUGAAGAAAAUCUAUGACCGGGAACAAACCAGAUAUAAGGCAACUGGUCUCCAUUUCCGGCAUACUGAUAAUGUUAUUCAGUGGUUGAAUGCCAUGGCUGAAAUCGGCCUCCCCAAGAUUUUCUACCCAGAAACUACUGACAUCUAUGAUCGGAAGAACAUGCCACGCUGCAUCUAUUGUAUCCAUGCACUCAGUCUGUACCUGUUUAAACUGGGACUGGCCCCUCAGAUUCAAGAUUUAUAUGGAAAGGUGGACUUCACAGAGGAGGAGAUCAGUAACAUGAGGAGUGAGCUGGAGAAGUAUGGAAUUCAGAUGCCUGCCUUCAGCAAGAUUGGAGGAAUUUUAGCUAAUGAACUCUCUGUGGAUGAAGCAGCGUUGCAUGCUGCUGUUAUUGCCAUUAAUGAAGCAAUUGACCGCCAAGUUCCGUCUGACACCCUGAUGGCAAUGAGAAACUCCAAUGCCAUGUUGGUGAAUCUUGAUGAACUCCUGGCAUCAAUCUAUCAGGACACAUUGUACCGGGCAAAGAAGGACAAGAUGGAGAAUGCCAAAAACAGGACUGCCUCUGAGAAUUCAGAGAGAGAGAGGGAUGUGUACGAAGAGCUGCUGACUCAAGCUGAAAUUCAGGGCAAUGUCAACAAAGUCAAUACACAUUCAGCCCUAUCAAAGGUAGAUCUGGCUUUGGAACAGGGAGAUGCAUUAGCAUUAUUUGAAGUUUUGACAUCACCAUCCCUGGGGCUUCGAGGAUUACAGCGAGAAAAUUGUGACUGGUAUCUCAAGCAGCUCUUGAGUGACAGACAGCAGAAACGGGAGACUGGCCUGGCAGGCCCCCUGCAGAAGGAGGAGUUACAGCCUGGAGUGGACGCUGCUAACAGUGCAGCACAACAGUACCAGCGAAGGCUGGGAGCAGUGGCAAGGAUUAAUUCUGCAAUCCAAAUAGGUAUUGCAGAGAAGACUGUGGAAGAACUUUUGAAUCCAGAGGCUCAGUUACCACAGGUUUAUCCAUUUGCAGCAGAUCUUUACCAGAGGGAGCUGGCCACUCUGCAGCAACAGAGCCCUGAUGGUAACCUCACCCACCCAGAGCUGUCAGUUGCGGUGGAGAUGCUGUCAUCUGUGGCUCUGAUUAACAGGGCUUUGGAUUCAGGGGAUGUGAACACAAUUUGGAAACAGCUGAGCAGUCCAGUCACAGGGCUCACUAACAUUGAAGAUGAGAACUCCCAGAGAUACAUCGAUGAUUUGAUGAAGCUGAAAGCUCAGGCACAUACAGAAGGGAAUGAGUUUAUCACAUGGAAUGAUAUCCAGUCAUGUGUGGACCGUGUGAACAUAGUGGUCCAUGAGGAGCACGAGAGGAUUUUAGCAAUUGGGCUUAUUAAUGAAGCUCUUGACGAGGGAGACACCAAAAAGACCCUUCAAGCCUUACAGAUCCCUGCAGCAAAAAUGGAAGGGGUAACCCCAAAGGUAGCACAGCACUACCAGGACACAUUGAUCCGAGCCAAGAGGGAGAAAGCACAGGACACUCGGGAUGAGACAGCUGUGCUGUGGCUGGAUGAAAUUCAGGAUGGGAUUCAUCGAUCCAACAGGGACACAGAGGAAGCAGAGAAAUUUUCCUUAGGAAUUCUGGCCAUUAAUGAAGCAGUGGUCCAUGGUGAUGUGGGCCAGACCCUCAGUGCCCUGCGCUCACCUGAUGUUGGACUGUAUGGAGUCACUCCGGAGUGUGAUGAGACAUACCAGCGUGAGCUGGCAGAAGCCAAGAAAGAAAAAAUGGCAGCAGGGGACAAUGGCAGUGAGUGGGUGAAGCACUGGGUGAAAGGAGGCUAUUAUUAUUACCAUAACCUGCGAACCAGAGAGGGACGUUGGGAUGAACCCUCAGGAUUUGUGCAGAAUAAUACCCAGCUCUCCCGGGAGGAGAUACAGAGCUCUAUCUCUGGAGUCACUGCUGCGUACAACAGAGAGCAGCUCUGGCUUGCUAAUGAGAACUUGAUUACCAGGCUGCAGGCUUGCUGCCGUGGGUACCUUGUUCGCCAGGAAUUCAACUCCAGAAUGAAUUUCUUGAAGAAGCAAGUCCCUGCAAUCACUUGUAUCCAGUCUCAAUGGCGUGGCUACAAGCAGCGGAAGGAAUACCAAGGUCGCUUGGAGUACCUGCGAGCACACAAGGACCAAGUAGUGAAGAUUCAGUCAAUGACCAGGAUGCAUCAAGCCAGAAAGCGAUACAGAGAUCGUCUGCAGUAUUUCAGAGACCAUAUAAAUGACAUUGUAAAAAUCCAGGCCUUUAUUCGUGCAAAUAAAGCACGAGAUGACUACAAAACUCUCAUCAGUGCUGAAGACCCACCUAUGGCUGUGGUCCGGAAAUUUGUCCACUUACUGGAUCAAAGUGAUCAAGAUUUUCAGGAGGAGCUUGACCUAAUGAAGCUGCGUGAGGAGGUUGUGACCCUUAUCCGAUCCAAUCAGCAACUGGAAAAUGACCUCAAUCUGAUGGACAUCAAAAUUGGACUUCUUGUGAAAAACAAAAUCACAUUGCAGGAUGUUGUCUCUCAUAGUAAGAAACUUACCAAGAAGAACAAGGAGCAGCUGUCUGACAUGAUGAUGCUGAACAAGCAGAGGGGAGGUUUGAAGGCUCUAAGCAAAGAGAAGAGGGAGAAGCUGGAAGCGUAUCAGCACCUGUUCUACUUGCUUCAGACUAAUCCCACCUACCUGGCCAAGCUGAUUUUUCAGAUGCCUCAGAACAAAUCCACCAAGUUUAUGGAUUCAGUGAUCUUCACGCUGUAUAACUAUGCAUCCAAUCAGAGGGAAGAAUACCUGUUACUUCGGCUUUUCCAGACAGCACUGCAGGAAGAAAUCAAAUCAAAAGUAGACCAGAUACAUGAGAUUGUGACUGGAAACCCCACUGUUAUUAAGAUGGUGGUAAGUUUCAACCGUGGUGCCCGUGGCCAGAAUGCAAUGAGGCAGAUUCUGGCACCUGUUGUGAAGGAAAUCAUGGAUGACAAAUCACUCAACAUCAAAACUGAUCCUGUGGACAUUUACAAAUCUUGGGUUAACCAGAUGGAGUCGCAAACUGGAGAGGCCAGUAAGUUGCCAUAUGAUGUUACACCUGAGCAAGCUCUGGCUCAUGAAGAGGUGAGGACACGCCUAGAUGCAUCCAUCAAAAACAUGCGGACAGUGACAGACAAGUUCCUGUCAGCCAUCAUCAGCUCAGUGGAUAAAAUCCCUUAUGGCAUGCGCUUCAUUGCCAAGGUUCUGAAAGAUUCACUACAUGAGAAAUUUCCUGAUGCUGGUGAGGAUGAGUUGCUGAAGAUCAUUGGCAACUUACUCUAUUAUCGCUACAUGAAUCCAGCUAUUGUUGCUCCAGAUGCAUUUGACAUCAUUGACCUUUCUGCUGGAGGUCAGCUAACUACAGACCAGCGCAGAAACCUUGGUUCCAUUGCAAAGAUGUUACAGCAUGCUGCAUCCAAUAAGAUGUUCAUGGGAGACAAUGCUCACCUAAGCAUCAUUAAUGAAUAUCUUUCACAGUCCUAUCAGAAAUUCAGACGUUUUUUUCAGGCUGCCUGUGAGGUUCCAGAACUACAGGAUAAAUUUAAUGUUGAUGAAUAUUCUGACUUGGUGACUCUCACUAAACCAGUUAUCUAUAUUUCCAUUGGAGAAAUCAUCAAUACACACACGCUGCUUUUAGAUCAUCAAGAUGCGAUUGCACCUGAGCACAAUGAUCCAAUUCAUGAGCUGCUGGAUGACCUGGGGGAAGUUCCCACUAUUGAGUCCCUGAUAGGGGAAGGGUCUGGUAACAUUAAUGACCCCAACAAGGAGAUGCUAGCAAAGACUGAAGUUUCUCUUACACUGACUAAUAAAUUUGAUGUUCCUGGUGAUGAGAAUGCUGAAAUGGAUGCAAGGACAAUCCUGCUGAAUACAAAGCGCUUAAUUGUAGAUGUAAUCCGCUUCCAGCCGGGGGAGACACUGACUGAAAUCCUGGAAACUCCAGCCACCCAUGAGCAGGAAGCAGAGCAUCAGAGAGCUAUGCAGAGACGGGCCAUUCGUGAUGCCAAAACCCCUGACAAGAUGAAAAAAUCUAAAUCUGUAAAGGAGGAUAGCAACUUGAAUCUUCAAGAAAAGAAGGAGAAAAUCAAGACAGGCUUGAAGAAGUUGACAGAACUGGGAACCGUAAACCCAAAGAAUAGAUACCAGGAGCUAAUCAAUGAUAUUGCCAAGGACAUCCGGAACCAGCGCAGAUACCGUCAGAGGAGAAAGGCAGAGUUGGUGAAGCUGCAGCAGACUUACAGUGCGCUGAACUCCAAAGCCACCUUUUAUGAGGAACAGGUGGAUUAUUAUAAAAGCUAUAUCAAAACCUGCUUGGAUAACUUGGCCAGCAAGGGCAAAGUCUCUAAGAAGCCACGGGAGAUGAAAGGCAAAAAGAGUAAAAAGAUUUCUCUGAAAUAUACAGCAGCCCGACUUCAUGAGAAGGGAGUCCUGUUGGAGAUUGAAGACCUGCAAGUAAACCAGUUUAAAAAUGUGAUAUUUGAAAUCAACCCAACAGAGGAAGUAGGAGACUUUGAGGUCAAAGCAAAAUUCAUGGGCGUUCAGAUGGAAACAUUCAUGUUACAUUAUCAGGAUCUUUUGCAGCUGCAGUAUGAAGGUGUUGCUGUCAUGAAGUUGUUUGACAGAGCAAAAGUCAACGUCAACCUCCUGAUCUUUCUUCUGAACAAGAAGUUCUAUGGGAAAUAAUUGCUAUCUCCCAGAGGAGCUAUGAAAACGGAGGUUAAUGGAAAAACUGCAUCUUUGUUUCUUAAUGUCCCCUUUCCCCUGUCAGAACCAAGGACACCUAUAUAUUGAUGUACCUCCCUCUGCCCAAACUACAAGUAUAUUACUUCAUGGUGAAGGACUAGACUGUCAGUGAAUUAAUAAUUCUGACUGAGUCCACAGGGACUCUAUCUGUCUUACUGCUAUGAUCUUAUUUUCUAUGACUUUUCAGAUUCCUUGAGAAACAUUUAGUUUAGAUGUUUUCCAUGUAUUAUUACAAUGGCAUUGGGGAUUAAACAGUUGUUAGAAUAUAUUUUGGGUUUCUGGGUGUGUUCUUUGCCUAAACGUUUGGAUGGUGGGGCUUGAAUUCUUGUUACUUGUUGUAGAAGAAGAAAGCUAGCACUGCAGAGCAACCAGGUCUGCCUCUGUAUCUAGAAGCAGAACAGGAUUUCAGAUCAUAUUUAGACUCCCUCUCUAAAAUUCUAAGAAAACACAAUAGGACAUCAACUUAGAGAAAUAUUUGCUCUGUGCCAUAGCAUGGAGAAAUUGGAAAAUUUUUAACCAGCUGAUUCUGUCCAUAGCAGUGUCCAUUACCGAAGGCUCACUACCAGGAUGACUGAACUGUUUAUAGAUUUGAUUUGAAAGACCUAAACUUGAGUUCUAUUUUAGCAUGUUAUUCGAUGUAUGUAUGUAGCUCUGUCCCCAAGCAAUGGGGAGAAGAAAAGAUUUUGUCACAGAACUGAGUCAAAUUAAAAGUGGUCAAUGGCCAGCUUGCGGUGGUGGUGACUAUUAGCUGCAUGGGACUAUGCAGCAGAGUCCUAGAUGGCUUUCAGUGACGUAAGUGAUGCUGAAUUAUUACUAUACAUACAUUAUUGUAGCCAUGUAGAAGAUCUUUAAUGAUCCAAUUUUUUUUUUCAAUAUUUGUUUCUCUUAAAGACCCCUUACUAAUAUACAGAUUGUCCCGGUAGUAGAGGAAAUGAGGAAUGUGUGUGCUAAUGCCUAAAGAUGAAAAGCGGCCUUUUAUUGGGGGUGGAGGAGAGAGAUUUUUGAAUCAGUUGAGAAAAGUUUAUUUUACAGGUUUCAGAGGAACAGCCGUGUUAGUCUGUAUCUCUAAGGUGCCACAAGUACUCCUUUUCUUUUUGUUUAUUUUACAGUUUCGCUUCAGAAGCCUUUAGAACAUUACAGAAAAACUUUCGAAGUUAGCUUAGUGCUUCACAUAUCUGUAACUGAUGCCAUUAAACACUAUGAUCUACCUGCAGACUUGCCAAAGGGAAUUUACUCUGCCUUAAAUAGUCUGAGCUGUUAAAUUAUUUACAUUUUACCAAAUGUACCUGAGCAAAUGACUCCCCGUUUCCUUUACUACUUAGAUAUUCACUCAUUAUUAUGGUGGUGCCUGUUAUAUUGCUACUAUACCUUACAGAAAUGCAAAACGACCGUUAUGAACUCUGAUAUUCACUAACUUACUUUUAGCCUGAAACAAACUUUUGUUGCCCAAGUUAUCUGCUCCAGACAAAAAUGUCUUUUUUUUUUAAUAAUUUUAAAAUUUGUUUGACUGUUUUAUGUUCCCAGAGUACAGGAUAGAAUAAAGUCUCUCUGUUCUUAGACACACACACAUACGCCGUAUGUUUAUUUCAAAUAAUUUAGUUUUAUAAUUUAAUCAUAGUCUGCCAUUUUAGUGUUUUUUAAAUGAAACCAGUUACUGAUGUUUGAAAACUCUCUGCCUGCCUUGGGAGUCAGUUGUUUCCCAUAGUCUUUUUAAGAGGCUAAUCCUAUGUGGCUCUACCUUGUAACAAUCCCUGUCAUGCAAACAGUAACAAACUGAUUUUAUCUUGGUCCAUGCAGGAUUAGCAUAAUAAAAAGAACAAUGACGCAACUUUCCUUUUGGAUGUAAAACUGACCACAGCCAGGAAGUUCCAAAUAGGGGAAAUUCUGCUGUCAGAGCGGAGAACCUCAAAAUAGGAAUUCUAUGCCCCGAUCCCAAAAUAGCAUCAGGACAGGGACAGGAUAAAAGUCUUGACUUGCAUCUACCUGUCUCUUUUCAAUGUGAGUUCCCACUGCUGUUUAACUGAAGCGUUUUAAAUCUAACUAUCAUUUUUUAGUUAGGGAUAGUGACAAUAGGACAUUCUCAAAUUAUUCUUCAGGGGAAUAAAACAGCACCCUGACAUGUUCAACAAAAGGGAUUAAAUUUUCUCCAUUUAAAAAGGGCUACUGUCCCAGAAGUCUGCAUGGCUGCCUCCUCACCGUAACCCAGUCUAAAUUCAAGAAAUAGCUAAUGAGACUAAUAGUUAGUGAGGCUGUUCUAAUAAAAUUUAAAUAUGAGGAGAAGAUAUUUGGAAUAUUUAUAAGAACAGCCAAUACCUAUUUCAAAACAGUUUUGGUGCAAAUUGACAAGACAACUAGGUAGUAAAAGAGUGAACCCAUUUUAUGGGAACAGGUGUACCAAUUUUAGUUAAAUAACAGUGUGUAACUUUGGUAGGAGUUUUUAAAGAAUGGAGACGCUGGCAGAAAGAUCCAGUUUCAGCACUGAAAUUUUGUAAUUUGUUACUUUAUUUAUUGGUGUCCUAGCUUUCCCUUUUCUCUUCCCUCUCCCCUCCCGCACAAUCAUUUUAUUUAUCUUGGGCUUAAAUUCCUUUCAAAUAACUAGAUGGCUUAGCCUAUUGUUUGCACAUAAAAUGUCUUUGUAUUUCUCAUCUAAAUAAAAGAUCAUUUGUUCACA